AUGACAGAGUUACAAAGAAAAUUACAAGAUAUUUUUGCCAGGACACCUUUACUAAUCUCUUUUCCUACAAUUAUAUUAUCAAGUAAUUAUAUUAUACAGAAGACUAAUGAUCCUGAUAUAUGGUUCAAUUGGAGUUCAAUUUUUAUAAAUAUAUUUUUAUUACCCUUUUUUUUGAGCUCAUGUAUAUCAGUUAUAUUACAUCAGUUUAAUAUUUUACGUAAGACAGGAGACUCUACAGAUAGUCAUUCAAUUAUCAUUCCUGUAUUUAUAUUUACUGUUGUAUUAUUUCAAUCGAAUUGGUUGUUAAAACCAGUUUUUACUGGAUGUAUUGUAUUAGUCACUUUACGGCAAUUACAGAAUGAAAAAUGUCACAAUUAUAAAAAAAAUACUUUAUUGAAAGAUUUUAUUAAAUGCAUUUUACCUUUAAUCAUCAUACUAUUCAUUGUUAAUUAUUAUUAUUAUUAUAACUAUGAUGAUGAUUUAAAUGAUUCAAAGUAUAGGUUAGUUGUCUCGUCCAUUAAUAUUAUUUCAGUUAUUAGACUUAGAUAUAAUCAAAAUGUGAUCCAUGCGGUUAGAUCUAAAUUAAAUUUUUCAUUAAAAUUUAUUCAAAUCAUUGAAACUUUUAUAUUAUAUGUUAUUCCAGUAUUGUCUUUUCUUUUAUUACUAUUAGUCCAAAACAUGUUUGAUAAAAAUAUUAAUAUACAAUAUUUAAUGAUUGGAAUAUUUUUAGGUUGUACUGUGUUAAUGACUCUAUCAUUUAAUGAUAUCAUAUCAAACAAUAUUGAUGGGAAUACUGAUAGUGAUAUUAUUGAUACUUCUAAAAAUGGGAUGAAUUAUAAGUUGUUAUUGGAAAUUAAUAGGAAUGUUAUAUUAAUUAUUGGCAUUAUGUCAAUUUUUUUACAAUAUCUGUCAUUUGAUUCUCAUCAUUCACACUUUUCAUUUAGUAAAAAUAAUAGUACUAAUCAAAAAAAUACAAAUAAAAGCCUAUAUUUGAAUAUGUUGAAUAUCUUAUUUGUGAUUCUUUCCGAAUAUUUGUCUAGGUUUCAAUCUGGUCAAGUGACUAAUAGUUCAAAUGUAAAAGCAGAUUCAUAUAAUGUGGUUAAUGAGAAAGAUAUAAGGGUAUUAACUGGCAAUAACAGUAAUAAUGAUAGUAAUAAGGGGAAACCAUCAAUUUUAUUAACAAUCGUGACAAGUAAAGAUACAAGAUCAAUCUUUUCAUUUCUUUUAUUGAACGCAACUUUCAUGUUGGUUCAAUUAUUAUAUUCUUUCAGGUCAAGAUCAUUGGGUUUAUUAUCCGAUUCUUUGCAUAUGGCAUUGGAUUGUACUUCUCUAUUGCUUGGGUUGGUUGCACGUGUUCUUUCUACAACAUCGGUUUAUUACAAUCCAGAUAAAUUUCCAUUCAAUUUAAAUUAUUUAGAAAGUUUAGCAGGGUUUACUAAUGGUAUUUUAUUGAUUGGUAUAGUAUGUGGGAUAUUUGUACAAGCUUUUGAAAGAUUAAUGAAUCCAAUCCAUCUUCAUGGUACAAAUGAGUUAAUUGCUGUUUCCAUAUUAGGUUUGAUGGUCAAUUUGGUGGGUCUAUUUGUAUUUGAAACGGGACAUAGUACUAAUAAUGAUUCUCAUGGUAAUGGUCAUGGUCAUGGUCAUAGUCAUAGUCACACCCCUUUAAAUAACAACGAUGGUUAUAGUCAUAGUAAUUAUGAUGAGAACUUUGAAAUAAAUGAUACAUCUAGUGACAAUAAUAUGAGAGGUAUUUUUUUACAUAUCUUGGCAGAUACAUUAGGUUCAGUUGGUGUUGUCAUAUCUACGUUGUUGAUUAAAUUAACAGGAUGGCAUAUAUUUGAUCCAAUUGCAUCAGUUAUGAUUGCAACAUUGAUUCUUUUCAGUUCCAUCCCAUUACUAAAAUUAACUACUAAUACACUACUAUUGAAGUUAGAUACAAAAAAACAUAAUAUGGUGAGACAAGCUCUGAAUCAAAUCAUUCAAACACCGGGUAUUACAGGUUAUACCACACCAAGGUUUUGGCCAUACACACCUGAUAAAAUUAAUCAUGGACAUUCUCAUAGUCAUGAGCAUUCAUGUGUUGCAGACGAAAAGGGGGAUACAGAUGUACAUUCCCAUACACACUCUCAUUCCCAUAAAUAUAAUCAUAAACAUGAAAUGUACUCAAAUAAAAAUAAAAAGAUACCCAUACUGAUGGGUUAUAUUCAUAUUCAAUAUGUUGAUGGAGAAAACUCAACAAUUAUUAAGAAAAGAGUGGAGAAAAUUUGCGAAAACAUUGGAAUAAAAGCGUGGAUUCAAACUGAACCUGCAAGUGGAACUUGUUGGUGCAGACAGGCAUCCAUGGCGAAUCAACCGAUAUCACAACCAAUUAUUAAAUAA